AUGGCAAUUAUCGAAGAGAUCUUUGAAGAAGAAGCAGACCAAAUAGUCAAAGUCGAGUCAUUAAAGAAAGAAGGAAAUGAGUUUUUUGGGCAGGGAGAAUUCGAAAAAGCAUAUGAGAAAUAUCAGGAGGCCAUUACUACCUGCCCACAAACAUCUACCGAACUUCUAUCGAUUCUUCUUUCAAAUUCAGCAGCUGCUCUAAUCAAGCAACGAAAAUGGGAGACUGCUGUUGAAGCAGCCACGAAGUCUAUCGAGAUCGGAGCAGCCAACGAAAAAGCACUAGAGCGACGCGCAUUCGCUUACUCCAAUAUGUCAGAAAAGUAUGAGAAUGCUAUUGAGGAUUACAAAAAACUUCAGGAAUUACUGCCAAAACGUCAAGUAGAAUUUGAACGCAAAAUUGAGGAAAUGAACGAGAAAAUCAAUGCUCGAAAUCAAGCAAUGACCGCGGAUAUCAUGGAGAAAUUGAAAGGAUUCGGAAAUAUGUGUCUGUCCCCGUUUGGUCUUUCAACUGAUAGUUUUGAAAUGGUUCCAAAUGGAAAUGGAGGAUUCUCAGUGCAAAUGAAAGGAGCUGGAAAUAAGAAACAAGAAGAAGAAGAAGAGAACGAAAAAGUCCCGCAGAAAAAAGAUGAACAGCCGCAAUAA